UGCUGCUGGCUGUUGGUUGUUGGGCAGUGGUGAAUCGAUCCACGGCCAGAGAGGGUCCACCAUGUCAAGAGUCUUCGUGUUGUUGUGUUUUCUUCUGCCAGCUGGAGUGCAUUCCUUCCUGGGCCACCCCCAAGUCGUGAUCGGGAGCAGAACAGAGAGCGGCAGCGACAUCACGCAACAGGCACCAUCAGCAGCAUGGACUCAAGCGGCCACGCCACCACAACCACCAACUAGGUACUGCACGGAGCUGCGCAUGACCUCAUCCAAGUCCAAACGGUCGAAGAAGGCAAAGACAGCAACAGCUGGACCGACUGCGACCGCGACCGUUUCUCGGGACGAAGAUCUUGCCGGCUUCCUGCGGUGGGCGGGGGAGGAGAUAGGAGUCAAGGCUCCCAAGCUCAAGGGCAGCUUUGUCGAUGGGUUACGCGGGCUGGUCGCGACCCAGAACAUCGCGAAGAACGACGAGAUGGUGGUCGUUCCCAGCGAGUCAGCGCUGGUCACCACGACUGACCAGCUCUGCCCGUUCCCCGAAUGGGUCAGCAAGGAAUUCUGGGCCAGUAGUCCAUGGCAAGUCAGACUGGCGCUCCUGUUGCUGCGCGAGAAGCAAAAGGGGGCGGGAUCCGAGCUAGAACCUUGGAUUUCCCGCCUCCCCGAGUCCUUCGGAACUCCUGUAUCGUGGUCGGCCGCCGAGCUGUUGGAGCUGCAGUACCCUCACCUCGAGGUGGUGGCGAAGGAGCAGCGGGAGGAGUGGAAGGGUUACUACUCGUCUCUGAUGGCGUCGAGCCCGGGGUGCGGGGUGGCGGAGGAGGAGCUGUCGUGGGCGAUCGGGGUGGCGUACAGCAGGGCCUUCAGGCGAUACAGUGGCCCGUAUGAAGGGCGGGGGCCCAAGGAGCGCCUGGCGGAGGUGGCGUUUGUGUCGGCGCUGGCGGGAGGCUCUCUCGCCCUGGGGCUAGGCACACCCGACCAGGUGGCGAACGGGGCUUUCGCGGUGUUGCUCAGCAUACCCUUGAGAGACUUCUUUAUGACGAAGCUGGUUCAGCUGAAGCGGUACGCGCUGACGCCGGUGGUUGACCUUAUCAACCAUCAGAGCGGGAUCGACAGCGACGUCUCCUACAACUACUUUUACGGCUACUUCGCGGUCACCACUCAGAGGGGAUGGACGGCCGGGGAGCAGGUGUUCAUCAGCUACGGGCCGCGGUCCAACGACCACCUGCUCCAACGCUACGGGUUCGUGGAGCAAGAUAACCCCAACGACGUUUACCGCAUCACCGGGCUUAUCGACAAGCUGUCCGACGUCUUGGGCAAGGAGAGUGUCAGAGUGCUGCGAGAGUCCGGGGGGAAGCUUGGGACGACGGGGGACAAUGCGGAAGGGGGGCCCGUGGAAUCGGUUACCGUGGGGCGGUCGGGGCUUCUUGGGGAGGAGGAGGCCAGGGUCAUGCCGGUGUUGCGGUUAGCUGUCGUCAAUGAUGACCAGUUGCCCGAGGGGAAAGCGGCGAGAAUCUCGCUCAAAGACUUUUCGAACGAAAUAUCGCCAGCCAAUGAGGCUGCCGCUCGCGAUGCUCUGAGGAAGCUAUGCAUCAAGGAGCGCGAGGGCUUUGCCUCUACCUUGGCAGAAGACGAGGCCUACCUGUCUUCGCUGGGCAACAGCUUGGGAGCCCAAAAGCGGGUCGCGUUCAGCUUCCGCAUGGAGAAAAAGCGAGUGCUGGACGCCGCCAUCGCGUCCAUCGGCACCACUGGCGGCGGCGGAAUCAGGGACAAUUGAAGAGGAAACCUGGCGUCCUCUUCAAAGACCGUCCUUGAGUACUCGCCGCACGCCACACCUUGUCUACUAGUAUUCCAGUGCCAGGUUGUGUCCGUCCGGCACUCGAAACACGACCCGGUGUUUGGGCGUUGAAUGAAGGACCAGACAGAACCGAGGGUGGCGUUGGAUUAGGGCUUUGCGAAGGAAGGAGGUCUAAGCCUAUAACAGUAAGUACCCGUCGCUAACACCAUACGAGCAUGCCGUGGCACCCUGCUGUUUUAGUUUUUUUAACUAUGCGAGAGUCGUUUCUGCUGCUUGGAGCCGGCGGUGACUAACCUUACGACCGUUGCCAUGUUCGCAGAAUGGGGCGCUUUCUCGAAGCGAUGUUUGCCGCCCUCUGGGGAAAUCGGCAUCUUUAGUUUGUCGAACGCUUGUUCCGAACAUUGUUUUGUCGGGUGUUGGAUCAAAGCGCAGCAAAACGUUCAGGGAAGCAAAUGUGUCUUGAGAGUUUGGCCAUGUAAAACGUGCAACCAAGAAAUUUUUCUUGAUGUACUGGCGAGGGUUGUGCGGAGGGAAGGCAUGGAGAGGCCUCUUCCUUAAUAGGGAGUGCCCCCCACAACGUGCCUACCUUGCGAUGUGCCUGUAGCGCCAUAUCGUGUGCCAUGGUAGGCCGGCAUUGUCGAAUACACUAAGGAGGGCAUGACCCAACGGUACGACGCAGCCAGCCAAGGAGUGAGUCUCGUGGGUGGAUUCACUCGCAAAGCCGGUGGAUUCGCUUUUUGUGCUAAUUUCCAGCUGGAGGCCCCAGGGCUUAGCGACCAAAGUCAGGUCGAUCGGUUGUGCGUACAGUAGUAUUGUGGCGCUGAACGGCAAUUAACACAAGGGCUCGAGUGCGAUGAGAAC